AGGGGAACAGGUUGGUUUGACUCAGAACCACAGCAGCUGGAGGUGGAACAGAUGAUGGAGUUCUGGUUCCUAUAGAACCGGGUCUACUGAACUGUUUUGAUGCAACAUCUAAAGACAUCAACCAGGAAGUAAAAGCUCAGAUCCAGAUCGGUCUCCCUGGACAGAGUCUCUCUGGACAACAAAGUCCAGGUUCUGCUGUGGCCGUCACACUGUUUGGUUUUACUGCAGAAAAAAAGUGGGCGUGUCUCUUUAUUAACUGUAUGUAAACUUCUGGUUUCAACUGUAAGCAGAGGUCAUUUUCUCAAACCCGAGCAUGUGGAUGUAUUUUUUCUUUUGGCUUAAUUAGAGAGAAACUGUCAGUUUGUCCUUGAAGAGGCGCCGCGUCAUAUUUAUGAUGCAACAAAAUGACCUUCAUACCAUCACUGAGCGCUGGCCGCCGGUGAAUUCAUGAGCUCCUGCCCCCCGACACGAACGGGGGGAGAGGAAAGUCCUUAUUAAUAGAUCCGAGUCAGGUGCUCUGACCAAUCACGGCUCCUCCCAACGAAAUGCACUUGAAGUUGGAAGCCUGUGGGAGUGUCGGUGAGUGUGAGGCUGUGUGUGUGAAACCGUGCCGGGUGUCAGAGCUCAGGACAGACGGACGGAUUCACCUCGCUGCUGUUUCUCGCAUGGAUUUCUGGAAGGUUCUGCUUCUCUUCGCUGCAGCAGUUGCAGCUGCAGCAGCUGCUGCAGUAAAUGUAACCAGGAAGGUUGGUGACGACGUGACGCUCAGCCUGGGACACAAACUGCUGAAACCUGGCGACACGGUGGUCUGGUCCUACGGUCCAAAGACGGGGGAGGAAAAUGUUCUCUUCUCCAUCGACAUCGGGAGUCACGAUAAACUGACCCAACGGGACCAGUUUGAACUGGAUCGGACCACCAGCGCUCUGACCAUUAAAAAUCUCUCAGCUAACGACUCGGCAGUCUAUUGUGGACAGAUCUUCAAUGGCAACGGGACCAAACGAUUCUUCAACCUGACGGUGAAGGGGCCUGAUCCCAUCCAACCCAUCCAACCCAUCCAACCCAUCCAACCAACAGCUGAAUCUCAACAACAUUCAAACACCUGGAUCAUUAUCUGUGUCGGCGUCGUUUUCAUUCUCAUUCUCAUCUGUUCCCUCAUUGCUUUUAUAGUGAAGAAGAAAAAAUUACGCAGCAAUGAUACGAUGGUCUGAUUCCCAACAUUCAACCUUCUCUCCAUUCCUCACCACCAAACCGACUCCUCACCACCGGGCCUCAACUGAUCCAAACUGACUCCUCACCACCGGGCCUUGGCUGAUCCAAACUGUCUCCUCACCACCGGGCCUUGGCUGAUCCAAACUGUCUCCUCACCACCGGGCCUUGGCUGAUCCAAACUGUCUCCUGCCAAAAAAGCCUCCAGAUUUCCACUGAACUCUUUUCAGUUCUUCCGCCAACAUUUCCUGCCAGCAGCAGUGAACGAUGUAUAGAGUCAGAAACUGAACAUUUUAGUGUCAUUCAUUCAUUUCUUGUUCAGAUUCUGGGAGUUUUCUGUUGCUACUGAUCAUGGUUCUCCUUUCUCCUCAGGGAGAACCACUGGGACCUGGUUCAUGUUUGUAUCAUUGUUUCAUGAUUCUGUCUGCCUAGUUCAACAGUUCAAAGACCAAAUUUACCUUAAUGUGCAUUAAUACAGUCAGUGGGAACUAUCCCAGCGCUACAGCUAAAGCUAACAUCUAGUCUGCAUUCCUGCUGUUCUCAGGGGUUCAGCCAAUCAGCACCAAGGAAAAUAAAUGCUGCUCCAUCAUUUGCUGCUUUGCAAACACCAGCCAGUAAAGAGUGUUAAGUAGCAAUGCAGGUAUUUCAGCUUCCCAGAUCCAUUUUCAUUAGAAUAUUUUAUUCUACAACAAACUAAACAAAGAGUGAUAUUUCACAGAAAACACUGAAACAACGUGCCUAACCUUUGAUUUUACAGUAAAAAUGUAUUCUGUUCAGUUAGCAUUAGCGCUUCAAAGCUAAAUCCCCUAAAACGUUUUGUUGUUUGAUGUUAAGAAGCAUUUUUCAUCUCAGGAUCUCAUAAGGGCUAAAAAUGGUGAGCAGGUUAUUAAAAGAUUUAAAAGAUCUAACAGUUGAUCACCAAUCUUUUAAAAAGCCAAACUUACCGGUUCAGAUUUUGGCCGAUACGUUUUGUCUGAAUUUUGGCUCAAGUUGCUGAACAGUUUGGUCACUAUUGUUACCUUAAACAUGGAGACAUGUCUGUCAGUCAGAGCUUUCUCACAGGAGAGCAGAGGGCAGAGGUCGACUUUUAGACCUUUGCUGACCUUUGGUGACCUUUGGUGAGGUCGAUAACAUCAGUGGAUAAGAUCAGCUUCACAUGUAAAAAUCAAUCGAUCACCCAUCUCCCAAAAUUCAGGAAAUUGGCGGCAAUAAAUCGUCUGGCCGAUAAAUCGGUGCACCCUUAGAGAAAACCAAAUAUUUUGCUUAAACAUCUUCAUAAAACAGCCAGCAUGUUGUCAUAGGCUCUUAUUUAAUGCUUAAGGUUAAGUUAUUUUAUUUAAAACCAAAAAUCUAAUUUAUUUGAAAUGAACUCAAACUUGAUAAGUGCACAUGUAAUACCUGCAAAAAUCUGGACCAGGAGUUUGUUCAAUAAAUCAUUAAUGUCAAUUUAAACUGAAAUAAAAAGAUCAAAUUGUGUCUGGAGAACUUUUCUUUCAUCUGAAACGGAUUUUUUGUUCUGUUAAUUUAUUGUUUUAAGUUUUAAUCUUCACAGAUGUUUCUCUAACUGUCUGCUUGUGAAGCAUAAUAAUCAUAAUUCAGUCUUUAUGGUAAUAAUAACUGUGUCAGCAUUUUCUGCCUCAGUCUGAACUGAUUCAGUUUCCCUCUGGUGUGUGAAAGUUAUUUCAGAGUGUUGGGUUUUGGGCCUGCAGGGCUGAGUUGCUGAGGUGUUUGUCCUUUUGCUCCGCCCCUUUGCAGGUGUUGUUGGUCCUUUAAGUAUUUGAGCCUUUCUGGGCCGUCUCCACCUUCUGGGUCCGCUCUGCCGCUUGUGGUUCUCUGCUGUCGGCCUCGGCUCUCCUCCUUUUGCACAUUUGAGUUUGUCUUUGUUUUUGCACCUUUACAUCAUACAUCACAUCCAAGCAUUUGCCUCACACCACUGACUAUCACAGUUCAUUGUAAUUUUUGUUAAUAAAUGUUCCUUUUUCUGCACUUUGACCACUGCAUGGUCUCCCGUUUCUGAAAAUAACGGGAAGGAGUAAAAACUGGAAAACAGAUUCAGCUGCUGUGCUCUGGGAGUCGGAUCAUGUCUUGGAUUUAAAAACUAAAGUAACGUGAUUUUAUAGUAAAAAGAGAGGACACAUCGUGGCCAACUGUCCGGUUUUAAACAAAACAAACACUAAACUGGUUGCUCUGAUUAAAACUGUGAAUCACGUUAUUCAGUCACUUUCAACAGAAGUCUUGUGAACCUGCUGAUUGUCAGCCUGUCGUUGUGGACGAGUUUGUUUCUGUGUCUCUGCUGCUGAGAAAAUGUGUAAAAAUAUUGCAGGAUAUCGUCGCCUCUCAGGCAAAACCUGAUUUUAGGGUUAGGGUAACCCUUACCCUUACCCUAAGCAUGGCAGUAGUUAGCCUGUGCUACACUAGUGAAGGAUAAAUGCUAACUAAAAGUGUCCGGGCAUAACAUUAUGACCACCUGCCUCAUCGUGCAGCCCGGUCAUGACCCAGUGACCGGCUCUUCCUCUGGACCCCUGCAGAGAAAGAACCGGGGUCCAGAGGUUUUUCUUCUUUCAUACUGUUGGAGCUAUUUAUUCUUUAUUGCUUUAUCCACUUGAAUUUUGGUAGUUAAUUCUUAAAUUUCUAUUUUUAUUAUUUAUAUUAUUUACAG